CCACCCCGCCUCUCCCCACCCCCGCCCCCUCCACCCAACCUAACCCCACACCCACCCCUUCCACCCAACCUAACCCUGCCCCUUCCACCCAGCCUCUCCCCACACCCACCCCCUCCACCCAGCCUAACCCUGCCCCCUCCACCCCGCCUCUCCCCACACCCACCCCUUCCACCCAACCUAACCCAGUUCCUUCCACCCCGCCUCUCCCCACCCCCACCCCCUCCACCCAACCUAACCCCACACCCACCCCCUCCACCCAGCCUAACCCCGCCCCCUCCACUCAGCCUCUCCCCACACCCACCCCCUCCACCCAACCUAACCCAGUUCCUUCCACCCCGCCUCUCCCCAUCCCCACCCCCUCCACAACCUAACCCUGCCCCCCCACCCAACCUAACCCUGCCCCCUCCACCCCGCCUCUCCCCACCCCCGCCCCCUCCACCCAACCUAACCCUGCCCCCUCCACCCCGCCUCUCCCCACCCAACCUAACCCUGCCCCCUCCACCCCGCCUCUUCCCACCCCUGCCCCCUCCACCCAACCUAACCCUGCCCCCUCCACCCCGCCUCUCUCCACCCCCGCCCCCUCCACCCAACCCCACCCCGCCUCUCCCCACACCACCCCUUGUACCCAGCCUAACCCCACCCCCUCCACUCAGCCUCUCCCCACCCCCGCCCCCUCCACCCAACCUAACCCCACCCCCUCCACUCAGCCUCUCCCCACCCCCUCCACCCCACCUCUCCCCACCCCUGCCCCCUCCACCCAACCUAACCCCGCCCCCUCCACCCCACCUCUCCCCACCCCCUCCACCCCGCCUCUCUCUGCCCCCUCCACCCAACCUAACCCCACCCCCUCCACCCCGCCUCUCCCCACCCCCGCCCCCUCUCCCCAACCUAACCCCGCCCCCUCCACCCAACCUAACCUCACCCCCUCCACCCCGCCUCUCCCCACCCCCUCCACCCAACCUAACCCUGCCCCCCCCACCCAACCUAACCCCGCCCCCUCCACCCCGCCUCUCCCCACACCUGCCCCCUCCACCCAACCUAACCCUGCCCCCUCCACCCCGCCUCUCUCCACCCCCGCCCCCUCCACCCAACCUAACCCCGCCCCCUCCCCACACCCCCCCUCCACCCAACCUAACCCUGCCCCCUCCACCCCGCCUCUCUCCACCCCCACCCCCUCCACCCAACCUAACCUCACCCCCUCCACCCCGCCUCUCUCCACCCCCACCCCCUCCACCCAACCUAACCUCACCCCCUCCACCCCCCCUAGAGCCGCAUCACCGCGGCGGCCGCCCAGCCUCGCGGGAUGACGUCACGUCGGAACGUAAUGACGACGCCGCGCGGACGCGCUCACCCUCAGCCAGCUCCGUGGAGACGCGGCAGCUGAGCGCGGCCCCGCAAAGGCUCACGGGAAAGCUAGGAGCCAGACAUCUCGCGAGAACACGCGGGACUUCACGCACCGCGCGGGAACGGGACCACACGGCGUGA